AAUAAAUACUGCACCCCUCCCUCAUACACACCCACAGCAGCUCUGAUAUAAGAAAAGACGACUGGCAUCAUCUACACUGAAGAUUUCACACUGACUGGCUCUGACAGUUACACCACCUGCAGUAAUUUUAUCAGUUAAGCAUCACCCAUCAUGUUGCAGAAUAACAUGUUAUUUGUUCUCAUCUGCUGCUUCUGUGCAAAGACAAAACUUCUGAAUGCAGAGACGUUGCCUGAACAACUGAAAGCUUCAGAGGAGGAUUCUGGGAAAUUUUCUCAGCAGGAAGCUACUCUGACUCCAUAUUUUUCAACUGAAGAUCCUGUGAAGUCUCAGAACAUCUCCAUCCAGGCUGUUGAGGAGAAAACCACAAAUGUCUCACUGAAGUCCUCCGGUGCUUCAGUGCCGCUUUCCUCUGGUCUGUCUGGUCUCUUCAGAAUCCCUCUGAGCUUGUCUCUGGACUCUGUUGACGACAUGUACUACGGCUGCUCUGAGAAGAUGCUCAUCAAGGUGAAACGUCAGUUCCUCCCCAGAAGAACCAGGGAAGGUCUGCACACCACAUACACGACACUUUGUGCCAUUAAAGCCAUGAAGAAUAAGGACACCUAUGACCUGCUGUCCUGGGAUCACUUCAAGGCUCUGUGUGCUUACACAGCGGGGUCCUAUGAUGACUUGAACCGGGCCGUCCGUAAAGGAAAAGCCUCCUAUAAGAGCUCGUUUGAAUUUCACGCCCUGCACUUCCUGCUGUCUGACGCCAUCAGGCUCCUGAAGCUCAACCAAAGGAGCUGCUACACCACGUACCGGAGAAGCAAACUGCUCUUCAGCGGGGAAUCUGGACAAACCAUCCGCUUCGGCUCCUUCGCCUCCAGCUCCCUGAACCCGUACCUGAACCAGUUUGGACGGAGGACCUGCUUUGAGAUUCGCACAUGUUUCGGCGCUUAUCUCAAGUCCUACUCUGAGUUGGACUCUGAUGAGGAUGAAGUUCUGAUUCCUCCAUAUGAGAUGUUCAAUAUUGUCUCUGUUGACACGUCAGGAGAGAAUCAUCUAAACUGUAAUGUUGUCUACAAGCUGGAGAACGCUGGGGUUUACAGCAGUCUCAACUGUCAGGUUGUGGACCUUUAAAAUUUGAGCGUAAAACUGCAGCACUGCACUAUAAUUUAAAGUCACUUUGAUACAUCUUUAUACCUACUGUCAUUGAGAUUCACGAUCCACAUGUCAACAUGUGUAUAAUGUUUCACUGUAAAUUCAUUAAAGCACUAUUAUAUUCAGACUAAACACUCAUUCUUGUUGUUAAUCUCAUCACGACAUCAAUUCAGCAGCCGAUUCCGAGCCUUUUGAUUUUAUCAAAUAACGUUCUUCUACAGUUGGAACUCACCGCAUGUUCAUCAGAUUGUUUACUUACUU